UUAUGACAGAGGAAUAUUUUUUUCAAUUGUUCCACGUAAUUUUCUUUCUUUUGUAUGAUGAUACCAUUAAAAUAAGAUUGGCCAGGAAGAAUCCAAUGUUUUGAAAUUGUAAUGGUGCCCUUUUUGUGUUAUCAAUUUUAUGUUUUUCUGUCUAGAAAAAACUGUGGCUCUUUUUAUACAGAUGUAAAUGAUGACUCAAAACAUAGCAUAACAUAGCAUAACGUAGAUGGAAAUUUAAAAUAAUUUUCUAUGACUGUUUUCUUUUUCUUUUUUUUACUACUGGCUCAUCCUCACUGCUUGUUGGAUCCAGCCCCCAACUACUACACUUCCAGUAAAAAUCAGUUCUUUUCCUUUGACAUCUGUAUGAUGUGUAUCAAAUGAAGCUUUCUCAUAAGCUUUUCUUAUUUUGCUUGCCCUUAUUUUUUAUGUAACUUCCAUUUUUUCAUGAAAUGUUUCGUAUUUUCUGAUGGUUCCAUUUUAUCGCAGUAUCUUGUGAAGUAGGACACUGUGUCAUGUCUACAUCUUAUAUCUGCCUUUUUAUGUGAAACCCUUUGCUGCAUAUUUACUGACUUAAACAUAUGAUCUUGUAGACAGUGAUCACAACUGAGGUUGGAAAGAUGAAGAAUAAAGAUGCAGAACGUAGUUACAACUUAGAAGACUGUGUUGAUGUAUACCAGUGUAAUUUUUCUACUUAGUAAAACAACUCAGUCCACAUUUCUGUUUUUUAGAGUAUGUGGUAUUGCUUAAAAUGUUCAAGUAUAUUCUAUAUAUUUCUUCUGGAGUCUCUGGAUAUCAGAUCUGAUUUUGAUUGGUUGUACGCUUUUUUAUUUGCCGAAAGUAAAGAAUCCUCCUACAGUGCAGGAGACCCAGGUUCCGUCCCUGGGUUGGGACAAUCCCCUGGGUGGGCGGGGGAGCGCGAGAGCGAGUGAGCGGCUGAGAGUUUACCGCGAUGAGGCGGUGAGAGGCCCGGGGCCUACCUCAGCGGAGCGGGCUCGCGGCGCCAGCUAGCAGCGGGCCCCCUCCCGGUCCCCGGGCCCGGCGGCGCGGCGGCUGCUUGGUUGUGAGGAAGCGGGGAAGCGAGUGUCCGGCCCCAGCCAUGGAGGUUAUGGACGUGGACCUGGACCCCGAGCUGAUGCAGAAGUUCAGCUGCCUGGGCACCACGGACAAGGACGUGCUCAUCUCCGAGUUUCAGCGAUUGCUCGGCUUCCAGCUCAACCCGGCCGGCUGCGCCUUCUUCCUGGACAUGACCAACUGGAACCUACAAGCAGCAAUUGGCGCUUAUUAUGACUUUGAGAGCCCAAACAUCAGUGUACCCUCCAUGUCCUUUGUUGAAGACGUCACCAUAGGAGAAGGGGAGUCGAUACCUCCUGACACCCAGUUUAUAAAAACGUGGCGGAUCCAGAAUUCUGGGGCAGAGGCCUGGCCUCCAGGGGUUUGUCUUAAAUAUGUCGGGGGAGACCAGUUUGGACAUAUGAACAUGGUGAUGGUGAGAUCACUAGAGCCCCAAGAGAUUGCAGAUGUCAGCGUCCAGAUGUGCAGCCCCAGCAGAGCAGGAAUGUAUCAGGGACAGUGGCGGAAAAAAUAAAAUUAAAAAAAAAAAAAGUAAAUGCUGAUGAAAU